ACACCCACAGUGGGAUGGAUCCAUCUGGAUAAUAUUUGCUCUCCUUAUAUCUGACAUUCCAGUCGGUUACUGACAAAGUGCUAAGCAACCUUCAGCCAGGACUUCUCCUUGAAUAUGGCUCGCCGUGCCCCUGGACUCUUGCGGACACUUCUGAAAAGUCAUCAUGGUCACAGGAGCUUUAGGAAUCAUGCUGCGAUCCAGGCACAGCCUAAUUACUAUGUGAGGGGCUUCACAUCCUCUGCCAGAUGCCAAGAUGCCAAUUCCAACACUGGAACCUCAGAAGAUAACUUGACAGUAAAUUUCAUCAACCGUGAUGGUGAAACACUGACAGCAACAGCAAAAGAAGGGGAGAGUCUACUGGAGGUGGUCAUCCGUCAUCAUUUAAACAUUGAUGGCUUUGGCGCCUGCGAGGGCACCCUAGCUUGUUCAACCUGUCACCUAAUAUUUGAUCAAAAAGUCUUUGAACAACUGAGCUCCAUUGCAGAUGAAGAGAUGGACAUGCUGGAUUUGUCUUUUGGACUCACGGACACGUCUCGGCUGGGCUGCCAGAUUUGCAUGUCAAAAGCCUUCGAUGGAAUAACAGUGCGAGUCCCAACAGACGUGGCUGAUGUGCGAAGGGAAACAACCGGAAAACAAAGCAAUCAGUGACGUGACUUAGAAACUAGUAUUUGAUGGAGAUUUGUUUUCUAAAUAUGAUGCUGAAUGGACAAGCUUUUUUCAAGAUAGAGGACAAGUUAAUAAUACCAGAUCGAAUGGACAAUGGGGGUAAUUCCAAGUUGAUUGCAGCAGGAUUUUUGAUAGC